AAUGUAUAAUUUUGGGUGCAUUUUUAAUAAGCAACAUUUAUGAAAAGUGAAAAGUACAUUCAUCGACUGACAAAUAGAUAAAACAUGCCAAAAAGUGCUGCUAAAUUGACUAAGACUUUAAGUUACGGCAGGGUUAAGGGUCAGCUUUGAUGAAGUCUUGUGCAAUGGAUCUUACUAUUCAUUAAUCAGCAAACGAUUUACACCUGAUGACAACAUGUUUUGGAUUUUUUUGGGGGUUUAUAUCUUCUUGGUAUUAUUUGCAGGAAUUAUGUCUGGUUUGACUAUUGGCCUAUUAUCUUUGGACCUAACGCAGUUGGAAAUACUAUGUGUUGCAGGAAAACCACAAGAGAAGAAAUUUGCAAAUGCAAUAUUCCCUCUGGUAAAAAAACCACAUUUUUUAUUGGUUACACUACUAUUAGCUAAUUCCAUUUGUGUGGAGAGUAUGCCUAUCUUUAUGGACAAAAUAAGUAAUCCAAUCGUUGCAAUACUAGUUUCAGUCACUGCUGUGUUAGUUUUUGGGGAGAUAGUACCUCAAGCAAUUUGUACACGGUAUGGUUUGGCAAUCGGAUACUAUUUGUCUCCAUUGGUCAAGUUACUUUUUGUUCUCUUGUUUGUUAUUGUAUGGCCUAUUUCCAAAUUUCUUGACUGUGUUCUUGGAACUGCGCAUACUAUGUAUUUCAGACGAGCUGAACUUAAGGUGCUAGUGAGUAUGCAUCAAAGUAUUGAUGAUGACAAUGAAGAGCCAUUGAGUACAAAUGAGGCUCUUAUUAUAAAGGGUGCAUUAGAUUUAACGAUGAAAACAUGUAAAGAUGCUUUGGUUCCAUUAGAUUCUGUACACAUGCUUAGCGCAGAUACCUCUCUUGAUUACCAAACCAUGUCUGAGAUAAUCGAUUUUGGACAUUCACGAAUCCCUGUUUACGAGAAAAAUAGGAAAAAUAUCAUUGGAAUUUUACUUGUAAAAUCAAUAAUUACGCUUCAUCCGUAUGAUAAUGUACCAGUUAUCGAUGUUAUGCGCUCUCAAAAACUAAUACCUAGAUUCCCUGAAAAUGCACCUCUUUACAGCGUUCUUAAGGCAUGCCAAACAGGAAGGAGUCACUUGUGUCUUGUGACGGAUUCGAAUCUGGAAGUAGUUGGCAUUAUAACUUUAGAAGAUAUAUUAGAAGAAAUAUUACAAGAAGAAAUUUUUGAUGAAACAGAUUUAUGUAUUAAUAUGAAGAAUCGCAUUAAAGUUGCAUGCAAAAUUCUCAGUCAUUCUUCGUCUAAAUCCUUAACUUCUAGUAAAAAUGUUAUUGCACCUUAUCGUCAGAAAAAGGAAUACGAUGACGAAAACAACGAGCACUCCCCGUUGAUAAAUCAUUAAUAAUUUUUAGUACGAUUAUUAAUGAAAUUACUUCAUUAAUCU